UCUCUCUCCAUCUCCCAACUCUUAUCCAUCCCUUCUAGCUAAAAGAAGAGCCAGCUAUAGGUAGCUCAUCGUGAAGAGCGUUGGGAAAGAAAACAGUAGUAGUAAGAUGAGCUCCGAGGAGUACCUCAAAUCCCUCUCCUUGGACUACCUCAAUCUCCUCAUCAAUGGCCAGGCCUUCAGCGACGUCGCGUUCAGCGUCGACGGCCGCCUGGUCCACGCGCACCGCUGCGUCCUCGCCGCGCGGAGCCUCUUCUUCCGCCGCCUAUUCUGCGGGCCGGACCCCCCGCCGGGGCUCCACCUGCUGGACCCCCACCGCCACCCCCUCCACCACCACCACAGCCCUCGCUCCCCCACCGGACCGGCCUCCGGGAGGGUGGGUGUGAGCGCCGGGGUGGUGAUUCCGCUGAAUUCGGUGGGCUACGAGGCGUUCCUGCUGCUGCUCCAGUUCCUCUACAGCGGCCAGGUGUCCAUCGUCCCGCCCAAGCACGAGCCCCGCCCUGAUUGCAGCGAGCGCGGCUGCUGGCACACUCACUGCACCUCCGCCAUCGAUCUCGCGCUCGACACGCUGUCCGCCGCACGCUCCUUCGGCAUCGAGCAGCUUGCCUUGAUCACUCAGAAGCAAUUGGAGAGCAUGGUAGAGAAGGCAUCCAUCAAGGAUGUGAUGAAGGUCCUGAUGGCCUCGCACAAGCAGGACAUGCACCAGCUCUGGACCACCUGCUCCCACCUCAUCGCCGACUCCGGCCUCCCACCGGAGGUCCUCGGCAAGCACCUCCCCAUGGACAUCGUCGCAAAGAUCGAAGAGCUCCGCCUCAAGCCCGGCCGCCCCACCUUCCUGACCCACCACCCCCACCCCACCCACCACUACCUCCCAGCCGUCCCCACCAUGGGGCCCGACGACCACCACAAGAUCCGCCGCAUGCGCCGCGCCCUCGACUCGUCCGACAUCGAGCUCGUCAAGCUGAUGGUGAUGGGGGAGGGACUCGACCUCGACGACGCCCUCGCCCUCCACUACGCCGUCCAGAACUGCAGCCGCGAGGUCGUCAAGGCCCUCCUCGAGCUCGGAGCGGCCGACGUGAACUGCCCCGCCGGACCCGCCGGGAAGACGCCCCUCCACAUCGCCGCCGAGAUGGUGAACCCCGACAUGGUUGCGGUCCUCCUCGACCACCAUGCCGACCCCAACGUCAGGACCGUGGACGGUGUAACCCCGCUUGACAUCCUCCGCAACCUGACCUCCGACUUCCUCUUCAAAGGUGCAGUCCCUGGGCUUUCCCACAUCGAGCCUAACAAGCUCAGGCUGUGCCUCGAGCUGGUCCAAUCGGCUGCGAUGGUUAUAUCCCGGGAAGAGGAGGCUGCUGCCGCCGCCGCCGCUGCCGCUGCUGGAGGCGGUGCAAGUGGUGGAAGCAAUCCUAACCCAGCCAUCUACCAGCCAAUGAGUACUGCAGAAGGGAGUGAUUGCAAUGCCAAUAGCACUGACAGUAGUAUGGUUAGCCUUAGUCUGGAUUCAAGGAUGGUUUACUUGAAUCUAGGAAUGGCCGCUGCUGCUCAUUUGGGUUGUAAGAUUGAUGAUGGAAGGCAGGGCAGUAAUGGAAGUAGGUCCCAAGGAGGCAGUGGAAUUGGCCCAUCUUCCAUGUUUUCUCAUCAGGAUUUCCCAUAGCUAGCCACCUUGUAAGCUGGAGCAACUAUUCCUUAAUUCUCUCUUUCUCUCUCUUACUUCUAUCUGUAACUCUUUGUAUCUAGGCAAGGCAGGAACCGGAAUGGGAUUAGCUAGGGUGCAGAUGAUGGGAUUCUCUUCUUAUAUAAGUUAUAAUUUGUUCCAUUUUA